GUUUCAGCCAACAACAAAUCACUUUUAAAUUCCAUCUUUAUUGACUUUUUUCAAAAAUGCGCUUUUUUUCGAAGCGUGGAUUUCAUUGGGUGGCGCUCUUCAUGUACGGCUCCGUUGAACGUGCGUCAUGACAUCAUUUGAGUCGUCCGCCCAGCGCUUUCAUUGGCUGCGGGUCGUUUAAAGGUUUUUCGCUGCGCCCUGAUUGGCUAGAAGGUUUUGUCGCGAAAUUUCAAAUGAAUUUGCAAGUGGCGCUUUUUCCCCGAGACCACUGACUAUUGUGUGCGGCUCAGAUGUUUGCACUGCCACUGAAAUAGCGACCAGGACACGGUUCUAAGAACAUAUGAGGAAUAUAUAAAAGUGUUUUUCUUUUUUAAAGUUUGCUGGAUCAGUCUCAAUAUGAAGUGUCCAAGCUACAGUGAUGAUUCAACAGUUUUAUGCCAGAUGGCGAAAGCUGAAACAGACCUCGGUGAGGUGAAGGGCCACACGGUUUCACCACGGAAAUCACCCUCGAGCAAAGGCCCUCACAAUAAAGAAAACAACCAGAAAAAGCGGCAUUCUGUAGACGUGACAUCAGACGACGAGGUCAUUCUCAGCAGUGGCGGUCUGACUGAAGACAGUGGCUAUUUUUCCCUCCAAAACAGCCAAGUGGAUAACGGGGACGUGGAUGCUGCGGACUCACUGUUGAGGAAUGAAGAGACACCUGUGUCCUCUCAGUUGUUGAAUGUGGAGUGUCGUUCUGCACCAUGUCUGCCCGUGUUGAAGUUUCAGGAGGAGGUGUGCAGAGAGCUGACUAAAAGCUUUAAAAGGAGCAAAAGCUUUGACUGGACUGUCGUUGAUAAGGUUGCUGAGAAACACGGGCUGCAUAAUGUGAUCGGUGGGAAGAUGGGACGCCCAUUUGUGGACAUCCUUUGCGGCCUGUUGAGGAAAGACAUGAGGCAUAUCCUUUCCAGGAUACUGGGCCUGUUGGGAGAUUGUGACUUAGUGAGCUGUAAAAAAGUAAGUCGGACGUGGCAGAAAAUCAUUUGUGAAGAUCAGACGGCCUUGCGGCGCUGCAGAGAAGCAGAAAGAUCGUUAAGGGACUCUGGUCGCCUCAUGGGCUCAUUAUCACGAGACUUCACCUCGAGCAGGGUGGUGUUCUCCAGCAUGCAGACCGUCGCCUCUACACCCGUUCACAAGGCCAUUAGGAAGCUGCAGUGCCAGACGGGUGGAGCACAAAAUGCGUCCACGUCAAGUCGCUUCCAACAGUUCCAUGAGGUUGCCCAGUCGCUCAAACAGCAUGAAUCUCUGCGCUCGUGUAUCGUCUGCAGCUCUGCAGCACGGUUCGACGAAGCCAUGCAGCGGGCCGUAUGCACGCGCAUCAGCUGUGCAUUUGACUUCUGCACAUUGUGUCAGUCAGCGUUCCACGGCUCUGCCUCGUGCCGCAAUUCGGUCCAGACCAGAUCGGCUUCACAAAAAACACUCAUCGCCGGCUCGGCUCGAAGCAAAAGGAGCGUCCGUCGCCUCUGAGCACCAGACGGAAAAAUGUUACAAGAACUUUUAAAAAGCUACCUUUAGUAUCUUAACUGUUUUGAAGGACUUUUAAAAAAAUAAGUGUUUUAUCGUCUUCCCAAAUGUGAAGUGAAUUUGGCCAUGUUUGUGGUCACUGCACAACGUGAAAAUACUACGAUCAACCUCAAUGCCAAAAAAAAAAGAGACUUCAACAAGGAGGUUAAACAGCCUUCUCAGUGUUGUAAAUAAUGUUUUAUAAGAUUUUAUAAAAAAUUGUAAAUGUUUUAUUGAUGAAAUGAUCAAUUCCGAUCUGUUUUAUCACAGAAAUUGUACAUAUUUAAAUGGUUGAAUAAAGCCUUUGUAUAUUUUUAA